AUGGGCAGUGGGCUUAAUGGUCGUCGAGCCGGCAUGCGGGCAGCUGUAAAAAAGAAGGUGAAUGAGCUCACUCGACUGAAGCUCAUAACCCCCGAUGACUCCAGAUGUAUGACUCUCAACGACCCCCGAAUAGCCCAUGCAUAUGGCCUCCCAAAGGUGCACAAAGAAGGUGCGCCAUUGAGGAUCAUUGUGCCGCUUAUUGGAUCGCCCACCUACAACCUCGCUAAAUGGUUAUACAGGCACCUGAAGCACCUCACCAAUGGAUCACAAUAUAGCGUCAAAAACUCUCAGGCAUUCCUCCAGAAGAUCCAAGGCCUGAAAGUAAGUCCUGAUGAGUGUAUUCUAUCGUUUGAUGUGGUUGCCCUGUUUUCCUCAAUACCACAUGACCUAGCGAUUGAGAGCGUAACCCGACGCCUGCAAGAUAACCCAACCAACAUUCCGAUAGAACACAUUUCAGAACUUCUUAGACUCUGGCUCAAGAACUACUGCCAAUUCGAUGGAAAGUUUUAUCAACAGGUUAGGGGCACAUCAAUGGGCUCGCCAAUAUCAGGUCUACUAGCUGAACUAGUACUACAACAACUAGAAGAGGAGGUUAUGCGAACCUUUAAACCAAAAAUGUGGCUCAGAUACGUAGAUGAUACGUUUGUUAUCAUGAAGACCUGCGAAACUGAGCAGCUACACCUGAGUCUGAAUAGCGUGUUCUCAGCUAUCCAGUUUACUUGCGAAAAGGCAACAGGAGGCAUGCUCCCGUUUCUAGACGUUAGUAUCCAAACACUAAGUGAUGGCGGCCUUGCAACAAGCGUCUACCGAAAAGACUCCAGUGCUGACGUCAUUCUUAAUUAUGAAAGCAACCAUCCUGCGGCUCCUAAAAGGAGCUGUGUCCGAACCCUUUUCCACCGGGCCUAUCGGUACUGCAGCAGCGAUGAUCUACGUAAGAAAGAACUCGCUUUCCUGUAUCGGUUAUUCCGACUCAACGGAUACCCGGUCAGCUUUGUAAAAAAUUGUCUCAGGCAUCAAAGACAACCACAAGGCUUUGGUUCUAACGAGGGACCAGAACAUCGGAAAUUCUACUCGCUACCCUACAUGCAGGGUAUUUCCGAAGCGAUCGCCCGACAACUAAACCGGUUUGGCAUCUUCAUUGCCCACAAGCCGGCGUCCUCUGUGCGCGCAACACUAUCGCGAGUGAAAGACCCUAUACCUAAAGAGCAGCAAACUAAUGUCAUCUACCGCAUUCCGUGCGCCAACUGCUCUUGCGACUAUGUUGGUCAUACAGGCCGACGACUUGGGACGCGUAUAAACGAGCAUAAACUAGCCAUUCGCCGACGUGACCCUUUGUCACUCGUGUUUGCACACGCCCUUGAAUGCGAUCAUCGCUUCAACUGGGAAGGAACUGAAGUUGUUGCCAUGGCGAACACCAAACACGCUCGUGAGUUCCUCGAAGCCUGGCACUCUAACACGACAAGCAUCAAUCGCCAUGUCGAUCUAGAUGCUCAUUACGAAGGUCUGCGCGCCGGGCUCACUGACUUGCGCCCACGACCUAACAACAGCCGUUAA